CUGUUAGUUCCCGUUCCCCGAUACUCGAAUCUCUGGUGGACCUCCGGAAUGAUAAACCCGUAUUGUUCUCUAAGAGAGUUUUGCUUCAGUAGCGUUGCCAAACCCCCGGUCCUGCGCACCAAUGAAGUCUGACUCUUACGACUCUUUCCUGAGAGUAAAUUUGGCAGUCCAUGACUGUUUCCGGGAGGAGCGGAGAAGACGAUGCUCACUUCCGGCCGAGGGAGGCUUUCUGACCCGGGAUGGAGGAGGUGGCAGAGGGGCGCUUGGAAAGGGAGCGACUGCAUUUAGCCCCCGAGCCGAGCCUGGACCCGGGCUCAGGAUGGGGCCCCUCCGGAGAAGGUUGUGCCCAGGGCCUCAAAGACUUCCCGCCCUGGCCGACCCGAGCCGUCCACGCUCUAAAGAGCCUCCCACGGGGUUUAGCCCUUGGCCCGUCACUCGUGGAGAAACAGCGCUUGGGGGUCUGGUGUGUCGGGGAGCCUCUGAGGCCAGGAGUGCUCUGGGGGCCGCUGGAAGAGGAGUCCGACUCCGAGCAGAAGGGCGAGGGAGUGAAACCACGACAGAAGAAGGACGUGUCACUAGGCCCAUGGGGAGACGUGUGUGCUUGUGAGCAGAGUUCAGGCUGGACCAGUUUGGUGCAGCGGGGCAGGCUGGAGGGUGAGGGAAAUGUGGCCCCGGUGAGGAUCAGCGAGAGGCUCCACCUGCAGGUGUACCGGGUCGUGCUGCCAGGCUUUGAGCUGCUACUGUGGCCCCGGUCUCCCUCUGAGGGCCUGAGCCCCGCCCAGCCCAGGCCAGAAGAAGAGGCGGCUGUGGCUCUGGUGACAGAAGUGGAAUCUGCUGUACAACAGAAAGUGGCCUCUCCUGGGGAGGAUGCAGGAGAAUCUUGUACAGAUCCUGUUCACCAGUCACCCCCCAGCAUCCUGGCAGAGAGUAUGCUGAGCUUUGGACUUAACCCCCAAACCCAGGACCAGCUUUCCAGGGAGAGCCAGUCACUGGGUCCAUUGUCUCAGGGUGGCAACAUGGACAAAGAAGACCUGCCCCAGGCACAGAUGCCAGCUGAACCUCAGAGCUGCUCCCUUACCCAGCGGGGCCGACAGAGCAGCGAGGCUACUUCCUUGUCUUCUGCAGGUGGCAUACAGCUGCGUGCUCACCUUGUCAAGAUGUCACGUAGCUCCAGCGACCCGUGCCGACCCAGAGCAAAGAGCUCAGAGCCCAGCGCCCGGCAGGAUGGAGAGCAGCAUCCUAGCUUCUCUGCACGCUUGCGGAGCCCUCCCAUGCCGGCGGGAAGCUCCCCGAAACAGGGGCGACGGUACCGGUGUGGGGAGUGUGGCAAAGCGUUCCUGCAGCUGUGCCACCUGAAGAAGCAUGCAUUUGUGCACACGGGCCACAAGCCCUUCCUUUGCACUGAAUGUGGCAAGAGCUAUAGCUCAGAGGAGAGCUUCAAAGCCCACAUGCUGGGCCACCGCGGGGUGCGGCCCUUUCCCUGCCCACAAUGCGACAAGGCCUAUGGCACCCAGCGAGACCUCAGAGAACACCAGGUGGUACAUUCAGGUGCCCGACCCUUUGCUUGUGACCAGUGUGGCAAGGCCUUUGCCCGCCGGCCUUCCCUGCGACUGCAUCGCAAGACUCAUCAGGUGUCAGCUGCGCCCCCCCCGUGCCCGUGCCCCGUCUGUGGGCGGCCCCUGGCCAACCAGGGGUCCCUGCGGAACCACAUGCGGCUCCACACAGGGGAGAAGCCCUUCCUGUGCCCGCACUGCGGCCGGGCGUUCCGCCAGCGGGGCAACCUACGUGGGCACCUGCGACUGCACACGGGGGAGCGCCCUUAUCGCUGCCCACACUGCGCUGAUGCCUUCCCCCAGCUGCCUGAAUUGAGGCGCCACCUCAUCUCCCACACUGGGGAAGCCCACUUGUGCCCUGUAUGUGGGAAGGCCCUCCGAGACCCGCACACGCUGCGUGCCCAUGAGCGCCUGCACUCAGGGGAGAGGCCCUUCCCGUGCCCCCAGUGUGGCCGUGCGUACACACUGGCUACCAAGCUGAGGCGCCACCUCAAAUCCCACCUGGCCGACAAGCCCUACCGCUGCCCCACCUGUGGCAUGGGCUAUACCCUCCCCCAAAGCCUCAAGCGGCACCAGCUCAGUCACCAGCCAGGGGUGCCCUCCAGCCCACCUUGUGUGCCUCCUGCUAGCUCUGAGCCCACUGUGGUCUUACUGCAGACGGAGCCAGAACUGCUGGACACAAGUAACAAACAGAACGUCUCCCCAGCCCAGGACGUCUUCGAGGUCACAGUUUCCGAGAGCCAGGAUAAGUGCUUUGUGGUGCCAGAGGAGCCAGGCCCCGCCCCCAGCCUGGUCCUCAUCCAUAAGGAUGUGGGCUUUGGCACCUGGGCGGAAGUGGUGGAGGUGGAGACAGGCACCUGACACCCUCGCCUUUCCCUAGCAGAGCUCUAUAUAAAGACAAGUGUUUUCUACGUGUCCGAUCUCUCUCUUUGGAUUGCCUGG